UCCGGCGCUACCUCGGCGCCAGCGCCGGCCGAGCUGCCUCGGCAGCGCCCCGCCGAUCAGCGCGGCUCCCCGGCAGCUCCCGCCAGCGCCUUCAAGAGUCCAGGAGCUGCGGCAGACCCGCGGCCGCUACCGGAGACCUACGGUCUUCCACAGCAGGCGACUCCUGCUGCGUUCUCGGUCCAGCCACCCAGCCCCGCGCCCAGCCCAGUACAGAGCUACGUCGCACCGCUAACCACGUUCACCACGUACACAGUGCAAGCGCCUGGCGCAGCUCCUAUCCCCGCACAGAGCUAUAACAUCCCCCAGGCGGCUCCUGUACCAGUCCAGAGCUACAGCUUACCCCAGGCGGCUCCAUCACCAGUCCAGAGCUACAGCUUGCCCCAGGCGGCUCCUGCACCAGUCCAGAGCUACAGCUUACCCCAGGCGGCACCUGCACCAGUCCAGAGCUACAGCUUACCCCAGGCGGCACCUGCACCAGUCCAGAGCUACAGCUCACCCCAGGCUGCACCCAUCUUGUACUCGGCGCAGCAGCCGGGUACAGUUCUCACCCCGGCGGGCGCCGCGCCCGUGCAGAGCUACGGCUCGCCUGCGAGACAGUCCCCCGUGCUGGCCGUGGCGGCGCCAACACUGCAGCAGCCGGCGGCCACCUACAGCGUCGUUCAGCAGCCGAGCCUGUCCGUCCCCAGUCCAGCGCCAUCCUUCGUCGUCCAGAACCCCGUCGCCGCCGUGCCCCACUCGUACAGCACCCCUGCGCGGAACCCGCUGCUCACCCCGCAGCUGGCGUACGUCACACCCGUGGGCGGAGGCGCCCUCGGCGUGCAGCGUGACAGCAGCCGCGGAAGCGACUCGAGCAAGGGGCUUGUCAUCUCGCUGGGCGGCGCCUCGAUCCAGCUGGGCGGCGACUCGGGUACCAGCAUCCGAUUAGACGCGGGAGGCCGCUCGAGCAGGGACGAAGGCGUGUCAGGAGCGGGCAGCAGCAUCACCAUCAUCGCCGGCGGGGCGGCGGCGCAGGCCGCUCCGUCUGCGCCUGUACCUCCACCCAGGACGGGCUUUGCCGCGCGGUCCAAUCAGAACGAUGCCCCGAGGGAUCCGCCGGCACCGCCCUCCUCGUACGGACCCUCUCGAGACCCACCGUCCUCCUACUCACCGCCGGCUAGGGACCCACCGUCAUCCUACUCACCACCAGCUAGGGAUCCACCGUCAUCCUACUCACCACCAGCUAGGGAUCCACCGUCCUCCUACUCACCACCAGCUAGGGAUCCACCGUCCUCCUACUCACCACCGGCUAGGGACCCACCGUCCUCCUACUCACCACCGGCUAGGGACCCUCCGUCUUCCUACUCACCACCAGCUCGAGAUCCUCCGUCCUCUUACGCCCCAGCCCGAGACCCUCCUUCGUCCUACGGUGGCGGCAGGAGCGCAGAUCAGACCAGCUGGCGCCCUAUGAACGAUGCCGGACGCAGCGCCACCACAACCGCCGCCGCCGACGGUGGCGACACCUACACGUUCUACGAGGGUCAGACCCGCACCUUUCCGCCGUCGGACACCUCAGCCAGUCGGUCGGGGGCACGUGCUGCUGCUGUGCCCCUGCGUGCUCCCACCAGCACGUACGGUCAAGCGAGGGACCCUCCGGUCGCUUCACCGACCACCUACGGCGCGCCACCGAGGGACCCGCCGUCGCCGAUGUACGGGGCACCGGCGCGGGACCCUCCAGCUCCUCCACCCACCACCUACGGCGCGCCACCGAGGGACCCGCCGUCGCCGAUGUACGGGGCACCGGCACGUGACCCGGUCACAGCCGCGCCGGUGGUGCAGGCGCCGCCGGUGCAGGCGGUGCCGGUGCAGGCGGUGCCGGUGGUGCUGCUGGGCCCGCCGCGGAAGAAGCACCACAAGCACCGCCGCCCGCCCAAGGGCCGCCUUGUGAAGGACACGCUGGUGCGCCAGGUCUCCUACCCGGGGCAGAGGCUGCGAAGCCCGCCACUCCGCGCGAGACGGCCAGCCAAUCCCAUCAUCUGGGCCAGCGUGCCGCAGGCGGCGGCGCCGGUGAGCUACGGCGUCGCGCGCGACCCUCCGGCGUUGAGCUACGGCGUCGCGCGCGACCCUCCGGCGACGAGCUACGGCGCGCCGCAGCGCAGCCCGGCGCGCUGCUGA